AUGUGUAUAUUUUUUCUUUUAUUUUUAUUUUUUUGUUUCCAUUCCGAAACUAUAGGAUUUUUAAAUUUUUUACAUAAAACAAAUGAAACAACAAAAAAAUAUACACUUCUUUUAAUUUCUUUGAUUGAAUCAAGAGAAAAUAUAAAAUUAGAUAAAAACAAUGAUGAAAAAUUAAAAGAUAUAGAAAAAAAUAUUAAAAAAAUAAAAAAUGAGAUGUAUGACUUAUAUUUCUCUCUUAAAUAUUUAUAUUCAUCAAUUAAUUUAAGUUUUAUCAAAGAGCUAUAUUUAUAUGAUGAAAAUGUUCAAAUAUGGAUAUUUGAGGAAAAAAAUUUAAACAAUAUAAAAACAGUUAAAGAUAUAAAAAUUUAUUUAGAAAAAAUUACAGUAUAUUAUAAAAAAAAAUUUAUGAAAAAUAAAUUAGAAGAGACUUGCAGCUAUAUUAACACUAAGAAUAUUUUGCGUAAGCAAAUUGAAGUAUUAAGAUAUAAUUAUUAUAUGAUAUUAAUAAAAUUAUAUUAUAAAAAAUAUAUAAAUUAUUUUAAAAAAUUAACAGUCAACAGGAAUGAUUUUUUUAACAUUCCUUUUAAUUCACACCUCAAUUUUAAGGAAGAUAUCUAUUACAAAACUUUUGAAAAUUUUAGUGUAAAUAUAUCAGAAAAAAAAAUAUUACAAGAAAAAAAAAAUAGAAGUAAAAUUAAUAAAAUUAAAAAUAAAGAUGAAGAUCAAAUAAAAAAAGAGAAAGAUAAUGAAGAAAAAAACUUAAAUUACAUUGAAACUUAUCAAUAUAUACUAAGUGAAAAAUCAGAUAAAAAAUUUAUGAUGAAAAUGAGAAAUCUCUUAAACAACAUCGAAAUUUCAUUAGAAAAAAAUAUUGCUAAUUCUGUUAAAUAUAUAUCCAGAAGAAUGAUAGAAAUAUCAGAAAAACAAGUAAGUAUAAACUAUUGCAGGGACAUAUAUAAAGAAUUAAAAUAUAAGAAUUACGAUAAAAUUUUUUUUGAUGAAAAUCAUUUUGAAAAUUUGAUUAAACAUUCUAGAGAGAAAUCAUUUCCUUCAUUAAUAGCACAGGAAAAAAAACAGCUUUACGAAAAAAGAAAUAUUUUUGAAUAUUUCAUUUUUUUUCAUAUAGAAAAAUUAUUAAAUAUAAAAAGUAAACUAGAAGAUAAACUAAAAGAAUUUCUUAAUCUAUUUAAAAAAUUUCAAAAUAAUCCUCAAUCAAUGGUAUUAACAAUUAGAAAUGAAAUCAAAUACAUAUUCAGCUUUCUGGAUGAAUAUAUAGAUAUGUAUUCAUUUAUAUAUUUGAACUUUGAUGAUUACUAUAGUACAAUUAGGGAUAUAUUAUCUUUGAAUUAUAUUAAACAAAAUUUAAAAGACAAUAGAAAAGACGUAGCUGAAAAUAUUAUAAAACAUUUGAGUGAUUUAAAUAAGUCUUUUUCUAAAUAUAAAAAAACUAAAGAAAUAUAUGAAAAUUUUAUUGAAAAUUUAUUAAAACAGAAAAAUGACAUAGAGAUAAAUAAAUCUAAUAAAAAUAUUAAAAAGAAUAAUGAAGAAAAAAAUGAUAUCAGUAAAAAUGAACUAUUAAAAAAAAAAGGAAAAAAUGAAGAUUACAGUGAUGCUAAUAAUAUAGAAGAAUCAAAAUUUUUUAAUUUUAAGGAACUUUCAUUUAUAUUAAAUGACAAAAAAAAUUUCAUAGAAAAAGAAGAUAAGAAAAAAAAAAAUGAGCUAUAUGAUAAGGUAAUAAAAGAUGAAAAUGAAUAUUUACAUAAUUUGAAAAAUAUAAUGAAACUAUUAAAUGACUAUAAGGAACUAAAAAAUAAAAAAAUAGAAAUAAAAUAUAUAUCAAACACUAGUAAGUCAGAAAGGGAGCCUAUACUAUUUGCAUCAAAAUUUAGACAAUAUGAAAUAAUAGAAUAUUACAAAAAUAUCUUGCUAUUUAUAAAAAUAUUAAUUAAAAAAAGAAUAUUACUUAAAUUAAAGACAAAAAUUAUGAUUUUGAGAGAAUUUUUUCCAUUGUCAUUUUUAUUUAAUAAAUAUUUUGUUUAUAUUAUAUACAACAACUCCUUUAAAAAUUUUAUAAAAAAAUAUAAAAAAAAAGUAAAUCAAAAUUUUUGUUUUGACUUAACUUUAAAAAAUUUGGAAAGUUUACUAAAGCAUAUUGACCUAUCUAAUAUUUUUAUGAAUUAUAUGUUUUAUAUUUUUAAUCUUAAUCACAACUUCAUAAGUAAGCAUUUGAAAGUGGAUGAAAUAAUUCUAACUCAUUUACAUAAAAAUGUUAAAAAAUUGAAAAAUUUAACUGAUGUAAAAAAUUUCUUACAGAAAAAUUUUUCAUACAGCAUUAAUAAUUUAACUCAUAAAAAAAUAAUAAAAUCUUUUAAAUUUAUUAAUACCUAUUUACAUAAUAUAUUUAAUAAUAAUAAUAUUUCUGUGUAUAUUUUAAAAAAUUUUGAAAAUUUGAAAAUACAAUGUAGUAAUGAAGAUUUACACGAAAUAUAUAAUGAAGUUUAUUCAAAAAAUAAAGUUGAAGAUUUUAUUUUCAAUAACAUGAAUGAUUUAAAAAAUAAAUUUAAUAAGAUAAAUAUGGCAAAUGUAUCAUCUAUUCAGUUUUGUUCUUAUUCAGAAUUUCCUUUAAAAUUGUUUGACAAUGCCCUUUUAAUAAAUUCUUUGACAGAAUCUUACAAAUUUAUUUUAUAUAAAACACAACAGAACUAUAUUUUUAAAUUAUAUUAUUAUUCUAAUCAUAAAAAUGCAACUGUUUUUGAAAAAAUAAUUUUUCAGCUAUUAAGUAAAUAUAAUAUGGAUACAUAUAACAAUUUAAAAAUUAGUACAUUUAAUUCUUAUUGCAAAAAAAAAAAAAUAAAAAAAGAAAAUAUAAAAUUUUAUACAGGUAUAAACUCUUCUAAUGAAGAUAAUAUUUUAAAUGAGGAUAAAGAUAAUUAUAUCUUUUCUAAUAAUAACAAUAAUAAAUAUGUUCAUAAGAAUCUAGAAAUUUUAUGUGAUAAACAAUACUCUAAUAACGAAAAUAGUUCAUUAAUAUCACAAGAAAAAAAGGAUUCCAAUUUAAAAAUAAAUAUAAAAAUUAAUAAAUCACAAGAUAAAUUUGAAAAUAGUAAUAUAAAUAAUAAUUUAUUAUUUAAUAAAAAUACUAAUUUACCUUACUUUUAUAAAUGUGAUUUAUUAGAUGAAAAUAAAAAAUCACUUGUAUCUUUUUAUAUAAAAAACUUUGAAAAAUAUUCAAAUAAAUCAGUAUUUGAAUUACCAAAAGAAGAAAAUGAUGAAAUUAAUAAUAUACUAUACCCAUUUCCUAAUACAGAAAAAAAUAAUUUUUAUGAGAUAAAUAAAAACAAGGUUAAAGAAGAAUUCAUGUAUUGUGAUAAUAUGUACAAAAAUUCUAAACAUAAUUCAUAUGAUUCAACAUUUAAUACUACUCUAGCUAAUAAAAAUGAACUUCUUUUUGAAAAAGAAUCUAUUGAGCAUUAUUAUUUAAUUUUAAAUUUGCUAUAUGAAUAUAUAGUAAAUAAGAGUGAAAGCCUUUUAAACAUCAAAAAAAUAGAAAAAGAAAUAUCAAAUUUAUACGUAAGAAUAAAAUUAUAUGAAGAAAAUAUUUCACAUAUAUAUAAACAGAAACAAUUAAAAAAUUCAAUUGAUGAGACAAAUGAAAUGAAAAAACAGUAUAAAAAAGAUAUAUCAGAAGCAGUAAAUGAGAAACACAAAGCUUUAUUAAAUAUAUAUAAAGAUAUAAUACAUACACAUUCAAAAACUGAAAAUUAUUUAAUUAGCUUAAAAAAAGCAAAUGAAAAAAAAAAAAUAAGCAUUAAGAAUUUCGAGUUAAAUAAGUAUGCUCUCUUAACUCAAAAUAAGAAGGAAGAUAUUCAACAAUUUAAUUUUUAUCAUAGUGAAAUAUUAAAGUAUUUACAAAAACAAAAGAAAUGCUGUGAUUCUUACUUAAAGGAGAUGCUAACCCAUUUUAAAUAUUUAUCUAUAUUUCAUUCUUCAUUUUCUAAUGUUGAAAAAAAUAAAAAAAUAAUUGAAUAUAUAUAUAUAAGUAUCAAUGAUUCCUUUAAUGACAUUAUUAGAUGUGAAAAAAGCACAAAACAAUUAAUUGUUAAUUAUAAAAAAAUAAAAGAGAAAUUGCAUUUGAUAUAUACAAUUAAAAGUAGUUCACAUAAAAAAUUUCGAAAAUUUUAUCUUUUAACUAACUAUUUUUAUAUUGAAAAGGAUGAUAAUGUUUACUUUUUUUUAGAUAAUGAUGAAAAAAUAAGAAACUAUAAAAUUUAUAAAAGACUCAUAAAUGACAUUGAGGAAGAUUUAUUAAUUGUUGGUAAAAUAAAAGAUAAAAACAAAAAAAGACAAAUAAUUUUUAAAGAAUUAGAAGAGCAAAUUAAUGUUUUAAAAGAGCUAAAAAAACAAUUACAUAUAGAUGUUGAAUAUAAUGUAAAGACUUUAUACUCUAAUAUAUUUUAUGAGAAUAUGUUGAUUUAUGAAUAUCUUGUAAGUUAUGAAGAAAAAUUAAAUAAAAAAUUGCUUAUUUAUAAUAACAUUCUAAAUAAUAUUAGAAAUUCUUUUGAACAUAAACCAAAUUUCACAUAUGAUCCAUCUUUUUUUUAUAAUUAUGUAAAAUAUGAUAAUAAAGGAAUUGAAUUUGUAGAUAAAAUAUUAGAAAUUUAUGAGGGAAAAAAUUAUGUUAACAUAGAAAAAGGAAAUAAUUAUAAUAAUAAAAUAUAUAUAUCAUAUAAUAAAAAUAAAAUGAAAAAAAAUAAUUUUACUUCUAACCAAGAUACACCCUUUGAAUUGAUAGAAAAUAAGUGCAACUAUAAAAAAUGUUCUCAAAAUUCUUUUUGCUCUAUUUAUAAAUCUAGAGAAAAAUGUUUUUGCUUUCUUAAUUAUAUAAUGAUAGAUAAAAAAUGCUAUUUAAAUGAAAAUAAUACAUGCUCUAUAAAAAAUGGUGGAUGCGAUCAAAAAGCAAAAUGUGAAUUAAAAAAAAAUAAAAUUAAAUGUACAUGUCCUUUAGGAACAAAAUCUAUACACGAAGGUGUACUAUGUAGUUUAUCUACGUUUAAAAAAAUUUCAAACUUUUUUAUUCUUCUUUUAAUUUUAAUUUCUUAUUUUUCAUAA